CCCAAGCAGCUUGCACAUCUGUGUGGAGCAGCGGCCAGAGCACAGAGUCUCCAAAUUGAGAGGAACACACCUGACCAGGUCACCUUCGUCUCCCCGGCAGAAGCAGCAGCAAAGAGGACGUGAUGGCCUGGUGGAAAGCCUGGAUUGAACAAGAGAGUGUCUCAGUGAAGGGCAGCCCCCACUUCAACCCAGACCCGGAUGCAGAGACCCUCUACAAAGCCAUGAAAGGGAUUGGGACCAAUGAGCAGGCCAUCACCGACGUGCUCACACGGAGAAGCAAUGAGCAGCGGCAGCAGAUUGCCAAAUCCUUCAAGGCUCAGUUCGGCAAGGACCUCACCGAGACAUUGAGGUCGGAGCUGAGUGGCAAAUUCGAGAGACUCAUCACGGCCCUCAUGUGCCCGCCAUAUAGAUAUGAAGCCAAGGAGCUGCAUGAUGCCAUGAAGGGCUUAGGAACCAAAGAGGGCGUCAUCAUCGAAAUCCUGGCUUCAAGGACCAAGAACCAGCUGCGGGAGAUAAUGAAGGCAUAUGAGGAGGAAUACGGGUCCAGCCUGGAAGAAGACAUUCAGGCAGACACAAGCGGCUACCUGGAGAGGAUCCUGGUGUGCCUCCUGCAGGGCAGCAGGGAUGACGUGAGUGGCUUUGUGGACCCCGCAUUGGCCCUCCAAGAUGCACAGGAUCUGUACGCAGCGGGCGAGAAGAUUCACGGGACAGAUGAGAUGAAAUUCAUCACCAUCCUGUGCACGCGCAGUGCCACGCACCUGAUGAGAGUGUUUGAGGAAUAUGAGAAAAUCGCCAACAAGAGCAUUGAGGACAGCAUCAGGAGUGAGACGCACGGCUCGCUGGAGGAGGCCAUGCUCACAGUAGUGAAGUGCACCCGGAACAUCCACAGCUACUUUGCGGAGAGGCUUCACUAUGCCAUGAAGGGAGCAGGGACACGUGAUGGUACCCUGAUAAGAAACAUCGUUUCACGGAGUGAGGUUGACUUGAAUCUUAUCAAGAAUCAGUUCAAGAAGAUGUAUGGCAAGACCCUCAGCAGCAUGAUCAUGGGAGACACCAGUGGUGACUACAAGAAUGCUCUGCUGAACCUGGUGGGCAGCGACUCCUGAAGGUUGAGACAAGAGCAAAAGCCAAGAAGCUGGAACCAUCCAGUUCUGCUUAUUCGAACUUGGCCACAGAUGGGGGUGGGGGAAGAACAGGGGACACAGCAAAUCUUUCAAUCUUCAAUCUCCAGCUUCCAGUACUUUCCAAACAAUAUUUCAGACCCAGGGGGAGGAAUCAGCCUGAGGCACCUCACCCCACUCUCUUCUCAAACCAAUUCCUAGUGUGAGCACAUUGCCAACCUUAGCCUGUCUCUGGUCCAACAAAUACCUGGGCAUGAAGGGGCCUGCAAGGGUUUAAGGUCGACUCUUCCUUCCUACACAGGAGCUUCCCAAGAUUAUCUAGCCACAGAGUCACCUGAGCACAAGGUACACAGAUACUCGGCCACACCCCAUCUACUAGUCCUUACCUGCAGGGAAGGCCCAAGGAGUAGGAGUUUAAAUAAGCAUCUCAGCUCCCUCUCGGGAGACCAGUGAGAAGGCAGGAGAGCCUGUUUAUUUCAGAGAAUAUACUCGUAGCAGCUGAGGAAGGAAAACAUUUAACUGGGCCGACCAGAUGCCACCAACACCCACCAGCCUCAUCUCAAAAUGUCAGGGGUUGAGUAGAAGAAAAUUUCUCUUACCGUCAUCCUAGCAGAGCAAGCUCAAAUCGAUGUCCUAACCAAGGCACCAUGUUCUAAGCGGCUCCACCUCCUCCAGUCCUUGGUCAGAUUAGUUGCCCUUUUCUUCUGGGAGUCAAGCAUGUAGCAUCUCUUACCCCAGCUGAUAAGAGAUGACAACGGCCCCUGGUCGCUGGGGAAGCUGAGAGGUCGUGUUGCGGACUUCAGAAUAAUAAAGAUCUGAACAUUCGAA